UUCCCCUUCCCGCCCGCUCCCCUUUUCCCCUCAGUCGCCUCGCACCUGCAGUUCUUGGCUUUCACCCCCACCAGUGACCAAAGACUUGACCACUCAAAGUCCAGCUCCCCAAAACACUGCUCGACAUGGACACCGGUGUGAUUGAAGGUGGAUUAAAUGUCACUCUCACCAUCCGGCUACUUAUGCAUGGAAAGGAAGCUGGCAGUAUCAUCGGAAAGAAAGGAGAAUCAGUUAAGAAGAUGCGCGAGGAGAGUGGUGCACGUAUCAACAUUUCAGAAGGAAAUUGUCCUGAGAGAAUUAUCACUUUGGCUGGACCCACUAAUGCCAUCUUCAAAGCCUUUGCUAUGAUCAUUGACAAACUGGAAGAGGACACCAGCAGCUCUGUGACCAAUAGCACAGCUGCCAGUAGACCCCCUGUCACCCUGAGGCUGGUGGUUCCUGCUAGUCAGUGUGGCUCUCUCAUUGGAAAAGGUGGUUGCAAGAUCAAGGAAAUACGAGAGAGUACAGGGGCUCAGGUCCAGGUGGCAGGGGAUACGCUCCCCAACUCCACUGAGCGGGCCAUCACUAUUGCUGGCAUUCCGCAAUCCAUCAUUGAGUGUGUCAAACAGAUCUGCGUGGUCAUGUUGGAGUCCCCCCCGAGGGGCGUGACCAUCCCGUACCGGCCCAAGCCGUCCAGUUCUCCGGUCAUCUUUGCAGGUGGUCAGGCCUAUACCAUUCAAGGACAGUAUGCCAUUCCACAGCCAGAUUUGACCAAGCUGCACCAGUUGGCAAUGCAACAGUCUCAUUUUCCCAUGACGCAUGGCAACACCGGAUUCAGUGCAGGUUUGGAUGCAUCUGCUCAGACUACUUCUCAUGAACUCACCAUUCCAAAUGAUUUGAUUGGCUGCAUAAUCGGGCGUCAAGGCGCCAAAAUCAAUGAGAUCCGUCAGAUGUCUGGGCCACAGAUCAAAAUUGCGAACCCAGUGGAAGGAUCUACUGAUAGGCAGGUUACCAUCACUGGAUGCAGCAGCCAGCAUUAGCCUGGCUCAACAUCUAAUCAAUGUCAGGCUUUCCUCGGAGACGGGUGGCAUGGGGAGCAGCUAGAACAAUACAGAUUCAUCCAUAAUCCCUUUCUGCUGUUCACCACCACCCAUGAUCCAUCUGUGUAGUUUCUGAACAGUCAGCGAUUCCAGGUUUUAAAUAGUUUGUAAAUUUUCAGUUUCUACACACUUUAUCAUCCACUCGUGAUUUUUUUAAUUAAAGCGUUUUAAUUCCUUU